AUGGCGACACCGGAGACCAGCAUUGUUACGCUUAGCUCCUCCAGCCCGAACCAGAGCACCGCCGACAACGCCAUGGCGGCCGCCACUGAGACGCCCCCGCCGUUGCUGCUGCCCCGGAUUACAAUUAAGUUUUGCACACAGUGCAAGUGGAUGCUUCGAGCCGCCUACCGCCACGCCAACCAUGUCUGUCAACACAAGCAGUACGCACAAGAGCUCCUGUCAACCUUCUCGACAGCGCUGGGGGAGGUAGCCCUGCAGCCCUCGACCGGAGGGACUUUCGUCGUCCAGAUCCUGAGCGCCGGCGCCGGCGGCCUACCCCACACCCUCUGGGACCGCAAGGUCGACGGCGGCUUUCCCGAGACCAAGGAGCUGAAGCGGAGGGUGCGCGACGUGAUCGAGCCGGGUCGGAACCUGGGCCACGUCGACCGGGACUACCCAAGACCCGACGGGGCUGCCGCGAUUCCCAACACCACCACCGCCGCCGAGCAUGUCUCGGCGCGAGCUUCUGGCGGGUCGGCCCAGGAACCUCUAGGCAAGCAGGAUCCCGGUAGUGGUGCUGCUGGCAGCCGAGGCACCGAUGAAGCCGAGGUGGGAAAAGAAAAGGGAACGUGUGAUGAUUGCAACUAA